AUGUCUGGCCACGACGCGGCGGACUCAGCGACCAACGCCCUCGGCAGCGAUGCGCGACCGGCUUUUGUGACACCGCGAGAUUUACUCCAGCAAUCCCGCGCCCCCUUGCCCUCUAAAGAGCAACCGCGUCAGCUUUCGGCUAUCGAUCGUGAGCAGCUGGACGGUCUGAGAACCAUUCGAGCUUUUCUCAAGGCGAGGACGAGCUAUGACGUGCUCCCUAUCAGCUACCGCCUCAUCGUGUUCGAUACUGCCCUGUUGGUAAAGAAGAGUCUGAAUAUCCUGAACCAGAAUGGCAUCGUCUCAGCGCCGCUGUGGGACUCCAAGUCAUCUACUUUUGCCGGCCUUCUCACAACAUCCGACUACAUCAACGUCAUCCAGUACUACUGGCAGAACCCAGAUGCGCUGGCUCGAGUAGAUCAGUUCCGCCUGAACAGCUUGCGAGACAUCGAAAAGGCACUCGGCGUCAAGCCCAUAGAAACCAUUUCUAUUCACCCCGACCGUCCCGUAUACGAAGCAUGUCGUAAGAUGCUCGAGUCGCGCGCCCGGCGUAUACCAAUCGUCGACAGCGAUGACGAGACACAUAGGACCAUGGUCGUUAGUGUCAUUACACAAUACCGCAUAUUGAAAUUUAUCGCGGUGAACGUCAAGGAGACGCAGAAGCUACGCAAGCCGCUUAGGGAGCUGAACGUUGGCACGUAUACCGAUCUCGCAACCGCAUCCAUGGAUACCCCUGUCAUGGACGUCAUACACAUGCUUGUCAAGAAAAGCAUAUCGAGCGUUCCUAUCUUGGACAAACAAGGAACUGUGCUCAAUGUGUUUGAAGCCGUCGAUGUGAUAGCGCUCAUCAAGGGCGGUGUAUACGACGACCUGAACCUAACGGUCGGCGAUGCUUUGUUGAAGCGUUCAGAUGAUUUCCCUGGCAUAUUCACCUGCUCGCUGAACGACAACAUGUCAACAAUCUACGACACAAUCCGCAGGUCACGCGUGCACCGCUUCGUGGUCAUUGACGAGAACAGCAAACUCAAGGGCGUCGUUACGUUGAGCGACGUGCUCGAACACACUCUGCUUGAAGGCAUGGAAGACGAGUAG